CACUAGUACUCCACUCCUUCAUGAAAAACAACAAAAUCAACCCCAAAUAAUCCACACAACACACACAAGAGGAAAAAAAGAGAGGAGAGAGAAAAAGUGCAGACCUUACCAAUCAUUCAUCCAUGGCGUCACAAUUUUUGAUCUCUUGCAAAUACUCCGACAGUUUAGCAGUGGUCGGAAUUUCAGUCUGCACAGCAAUCAUCUGCGAAGCAAUCUCAUAUCUCCUAAUCUACCAAACCAACUCCUACAAAUCCCUAAAAUCCGCCAUUGAUAAAUCCUCAAAGAAACUCGAGACAUUAAAAACUCAAGAUUCAGUCACAAAGAACAAGACAAAGAAGAAAGAUCGAGUGGAAACAAGUCUUAAAGACGCAAGUCGUGAUCUAUCUCUCUUUAAGUUCAAAUCAGGCGCUGUUGUUGCGCUUGUUUUGUUCAUGGUAUUUGGAUUUCUUAACUCUUUAUUCGACGGAAAAGCUGUUGCUAAAAUUCCAUUUGUUCCAGUUAAAUUGUUGCAGAAGAUGAGUCACAGAAACUUGCCUGGUGAUGAUAUGACUGAUUGUUCAAUGGCGUUUUUGUACUUGCUUUGUUCGGUUAGUAUUCGUACUAAUUUGCAGAAAUUUCUAGGGUUUUCGCCGCCUCGUGGUGCUCCUAACAUGGGGCUUUUUCCAAUGCCUGAUCAAAAAACCAAUUAGAAAUUGAAUCUUGAAAUUACUGCCCAAGUUUAUUUUUUUGAAUUUUGUAUUUGUUGGAAUUAGGUUUAACAUCAAUUGAUGUAACAGUACAUUUGAAUUUUGUUUUAGUUUGUGGUUUGAUCUAUUGUAGUACUGAUUUAAUUAUUGGGUUUAGCUGUUUUUAUUUUCUUCAA